GGACAGAGAUAGGUUUCUUUUGGGUGGCAACAGGGUCACUGGGUGGCAGUGUGUUUUUGAGGUCUUUUUCGUGUUCUCGCAUUGUGUUUUAAGUAUUGUUUUUAGGUUAUAUUUUAUCGGACUAUGGUGAAAUCGUGUUGUGCGUUUAACUGCACAGAACGUGCAAAUGGAAGCAAUCUUGUGUCAUUUCACAGAUUCCCCAAACAUCCCGAAUUACGCCAAAAAUGGAUUAGUGCUAUAAAAAGAGGGGAUUUUACACCCAAUGAAAAUACCCGUAUUUGUGGAAAACACUUUCGAGAAUCAGAUUACAUAAUCCAAUUUGGUAAACGACAACUGAAAAAAGAUGCAAUUCCAAGCGUCUUUAAUUUUCCCGCACAUUCGUGCAAAAAUGAAAAAAAUAGAAGAAUACUUAAGCGAAGACGUUUACUUUCAACAAGUGUGUCUGAAGAUACCAAUAAACAGACUGAAGAUUGUGUUUCUAGUACACAAGAAACAUUAGAAUUAGAAGAAAAUAGAAGAAUACCUAAGCGAAGACGUUUACUUUCAACAAGCGUGUCUGAAGAUACCAAUAAACAGAUUGAAGAUUGUGUUUCUAAUACACAAGAAACAGUAGAAUUAUGUCCUCAGCCGAUUCCCCAAACAUUAUUAAAAAGAUCACCUUUAGAAGAAGCACAGGAGUUAAAGAAAUUUAAACGAAACGAACGCGAACCUGUUUACUUCGGCGACUAUAAACUAGCUAAUUUGAAAACUAGUGAGGCUAAGAAAUUAUGGCACAUCGCAAGAAACCAAAUUAGCAAAUAUCGGACCACAAUUAAAACUUUGAGGGUUAAACAACAUCGUUUAAUUAAAAAAGUAAAAUCUUUGGAUGAUUUGGUCGACCAAUUAAAAAAAUCGGUCUAAGAUUAGUUAGACAGGACUUCUUUCGCCCAUAAAACUUGUCAAAACCAGUUUUCAUUAAAAGAUGUUUGUAAUUCAUAAGAAAACGUAUUAAUUACCGUUGAAAUGAAGCGUUUCUUACCACUCAGUCAGCUAUCCUUUCCCCACUUACGCAUAACCAGUCUAGCUAUUUCUCUCUUCUGUAAGAUACCAAAUCAGGUUUAUGCAACCAAACAUACACUAGGCAGAUGACGCCCUACAUCA